CCGCCAAGGCUCAAGAAUAGCAGGGGCUCGCGCUCUAGUGUUCUCGCACUCUGCUUCUCUUGUAGGUUCUUGCGUCUGUUUUUUCAGUUCCGAUCCCACCGCAGAGCGUACGACGCGCAGUGACGUGAAGAGCUCUGUGCAACCCACCACGCCGCAGCAGUUUCGGAGCUCUAAAAUGGCAGAGCAACUUUCUCCGGAAAAGUCGGCAGACCAAGUGUGCACCUUCCUUUUCAAAAAGCCUGUACGGAAAGGGGCCGCAGGCCGCAGAAAACGCCCGGUGUGCGACCCGGAGCCCGGAGAAAGCAGCAGCAGCAGUGACGAAGGCAACACCGUGGUUCGACCGGAAAAGAAACGUGUGGCCCACAAUCCAAUGAUACAGAAGACCCGCGGCAGUGGUAAACAGAAGGCGGCCUAUGGCGACUUGAGUAGCGAUGAGGAGGAGGAGAAUGAGCCUCAGAGUCUUGGCGUGGUCUACAAGUCCACCCGUUCAGCGAAACCCGUGGGGCCAGAGGAUAUGGGGGCGACAGCUGUCUACGAGCUAGACACAGAGAAGGAGCGUGACGCACAAGCCAUUUUUGAGCGCAGCCAGAAGAUCCAGGAGGAGCUGAGGGGCAAGGAAGAUGAUAAGAUCUAUCGGGGAAUCAAUAAUUAUCAGAAAUACAUGAAGCCCAAGGAUACAUCUAUGGGCAAUGCUUCCUCUGGGAUGGUGAGGAAGGGCCCCAUCCGAGCGCCGGAGCAUCUCCGUGCCACCGUGCGCUGGGAUUACCAGCCCGAUAUCUGUAAGGACUACAAGGAGACUGGCUUCUGCGGCUUCGGAGACAGCUGCAAAUUCCUCCAUGAUCGCUCAGAUUACAAGCACGGGUGGCAGAUCGAACGUGAGCUUGAUGAGGGUCGCUAUGGUGUCUAUGAGGAUGAAAACUACGAAGUAGGAAGCGAUGAUGAGGAAAUACCAUUCAAGUGUUUCAUCUGUCGACAGACCUUCCAAAACCCAGUUGUCACCAAGUGCAGGCAUUAUUUCUGCGAGAGAUGUGCACUGCAGCAUUUCCGCACCACCCCACGCUGUUAUGUCUGUGACCAGCAGACCAAUGGCGUCUUCAAUCCAGCGAAAGAAUUGAUUGCUAAACUAGGAAAGCAUGGAGCUGCAGCAGAGGGUGGUGCUUCGGAUUUCCCAGAAGAGCCUGAUGAGGGUCCAAUUCCCAUUACUUAGGGAAACUGACAGAGAA